CUGGCAUUAAGUAUCAUUAUUCUACAGCCAGCUCAGUUACGGUCACCGUCAAAGUCAGUCCUGAAGCACCGUCGCAAUAGUGACAUCCAAAUCGUAAUUUCAAUUUAUCCCACUUUAUUAAUUCAAUCCUGUUCGUCAUACUAAACUAGAUUUUGAUUGUUUGGUCCCCACACAUCGACAAACUAGUCAUUCAAACCAGAAAUCAGCGAUAACAAUUCAGAUAUCACCACCAAAAUAUUAUAAAUAUAAUAAUAUAUAUAUAUAACGAUGGAAGCUGUAAAGAAACGAUUUUCUUCUAAUAGCUCCCAGACGUUGUCUCCUAAAAAGAGAGAUAAUACGAGAUCACAAUCUCCAAGUCCUGCACCAAUAAGUACUCUUGGAGAUUAUGAUCCCAAUACCUUAUCACCAGAAUUAGUUCCUAUAGCCACUUUAAUGGCUUCACAAUCCCAUCGUCGUUAUACUGAAGGCGUAUUUAUGCUUUAUUAUGAUUUAAAUGGUGAUGGGAAGCCAGCCGAUAGAAUUUGGAAAGAAGUAUAUGGGAUUUUAACCGGUAACCAAUUAGCGUAUUGGGAUGCAGCUAAUUUAUCUCAAUAUAGAAAUAAUCCAGAAGCUCUCUUGGAAACUUCAGCCAAACCAAACUAUAUAAAUUUUAGUGAUGCCGUAUAUAAUGCUAUGAAAUCUUUACCAUCAGCAAAACAAAAUUUAGAAAAUAUUAUUUUAGUAUCAACUACCUUAAAAAAUAGAUAUAUUUUACAAUUUAAAUCCAGUGAAGAUCUCGCUCAAUGGUAUUCUGCUUUAAGAUUAUCAAGUUUUGAAUAUAAUUCCUUACAAGAAGCUUAUACUGGGGCAUUAUUAUCAGCUAGAGGAUCUCGAUUAUCAGAUAUUAGAACCAUUUUAGCUGAAAAGAGGUUUGAUCAUGAAGAUUGGGUUAGUAUAAGAUAUGGAAGUGGUAUGGCUUGGAAAAGAUGUUUUGCAGUCAUAGAACCUUCUGUAUCAAAGAAGAAAUCUUUUACAUCCGGUAGAAUAUUAUUCUUUGAAACAGAUCAAAAGAAGAAGAAACAGUUAAUGGCUGUUGCUUCAACUGCAUCAUCUGCUACUGCUAUUUAUCCACAAUCUCCUUUAUUAAUCGAUCAUAGUACUUUAUUGAAAGUUGAAGCUUCAAUUAAUUUUAAAUCUCCAUCUAUAAAACCUACUAAAAAAUCCAAUGAUGAUUCUAGAAAUACAGCUAUAUUUAUUAUGCCUGAACCUCAUUCAGCAGUUCCUGGAUUUGAUACUUUAAUUAGAUUCUUAGUACCUUUAAUGGAUUCAUUUGGUCUUUAUGGUAGACCUCAAAGAUUAAAAGCAAAUAGAACUGAUCCGGAUUCUUUAUUAUUUGGUUUACCUACUUUACCUCAUGUUCAUUAUUUACAAUUAGAGGAUGUACAACAAUUAACUUCUAGAAGUGAUUUUAUAUCUUGGGAUGUUAAAACUUGGAAUGCCAACAUUAAGAAUUUAUUAAAAUCAAAAUUAGAUCGUGGUUAUCUUGGUUGUGGAACUCCUAGAGGAGUUACUGGAGCUAUUCAAUCAUUAAGUAAACCUAAUUCUCCAUUAAUUGGAGGACCUCGUUCACCUUCAGCUUCUUCUACUUCUUUACCAUUUGGUUCAUCACUUAAUACAAAUAAUACUAGUAAUAGUCAUUUACCUCCAGCUCCUCCAUCGAAACAGCUUGGAAAGUCCGAGUAUCAACCAAGAAAUAUCAAAGAUUUAUCCAUCGAUACGGAUAAACCCCAACCUAUACCACCACAAUCUCAACAACAACCAUUUGGUCAAUACGGUAUUAAUCCUUCUCAGCCAUUACCUAAGGCUAGACCUCAACAAUUAGCUGCUCAACAACAGCUCAAUAAGGAUAAUCAUAAAUCUUUACAAUUGGAUGAUAUCUAUCAAAAGUAUUCAUCUAUUCAAGCACCUUCUGAUCAAUAUCAAAGACAACAGAUAUUGAAUAGUGGACAAAUGAAUAUUGCUGAAAAUGAUUUACCAGCAGAUGUUCGUAGAUUAGAUGAUUCUGAAUUUAAUUCUUAUCCUAAGGGUAAUGAAGGAGUAUUCAGUGAUGAAUCAGAAGAUGAAUCAGAAGAUGAAGAACCCAAGAGACAAAUCGGAUUAAUUCCUAAUGCUUCCAAUUCUUCUUCUGGUUUAAGUAGUAAUGGAGGAGGAGGAGGUAAUUUAUUAAAUAUCCCAAGUUAUAAUAAUAGAAACAGUAGUUAUUCAUCAGUUCAAUCCCCCAUGACUCAAUACAAUGAAUUCAAUGAACAAUUCAAUAGAACAUUAACCAUUUCAAAACAUGCACCUAGAAAUUAUGGUGAACUUACUUAUAAUGAUAAUUCAGAUGAUGAAGCUCAAGCUCCAACUCCUCCAACCCAUUUCAAUAAUGAUUAUAAUUUUAUUCAAAAAUCAAAACCUUCUUAUAACUUAUCCGAGAAUAUAAAUCAUAUUAGACAAGGUUCUACUACUCCUCAAAGUGAAGUUUUCCCGGAAAAUAAAUCGAUUCAUUCAGAAGCUGGUAGAUUAAGUACUGGCUCAUCUUCAACUUCUCAAGGAUCUUUUACUCAAGGUGAACCAGAGAAGAUUACUCCUUAUCCUGUAUCUCCUCAAAAGGCCAGUCCUACUCCUAUUCCUCCUCAAGGUCCGACUUAUAAACCAAGAUUCAUAUCAUCUCCAAACUCAUCUCAGAACCAGUUACCUCAAUUCAAAUCUCCUGGUAAGAAACCUCCUCCAGAUUUUGACGAUAUAAAAACUACACCAAUUCAAUCUUCUUAUGCGGCUGCUCCUGUUCCUGCUCCUGUACCAGCUCCAGCACCAGUUCCAGUUGCUCACCAGCAGAUAAAGAUGCCAACCUUACCACCGCAGCAACGUUCGGGCCUGUUAACCAUAGCUCCACAGGCUCCUCCUCAACAACAAGCAUAUCCACAAUCUCAGAGCUAUGGCUAUGUCAAACAGCAACCACAACCUCAACCACAGGUUGUACAAAUGCCUCCUCAAAUAUACGUUCAACAACCUUCACCCCUUCCACCUCCACAACAACAAGCAGUGAGAUCCAUGGUUAAUCCGCCUCCUCCUCAGCAAGUAAACUAUCGUCCACAACAACAACCACAAGCUCCUAUGCAGCAAUAUGCUCCUCGUCCCCAACAAUCUCAACAGUAUCCUCCUAGUGGAUAUGGUCAACAACCUCAAGGUUAUCCUCCUCAAGGCUACCCACAGCAACAGCAGCAACCAAGAAUUCCAAGAACCAACGGAGGUGUUCCUGGUCAACCACCAAGAGGUUAUGGGAACCUGGGCCCAUACGCACAGGCUUAUCCUCAACAACAGGCACCACCACCUCAGCAACAUCAACAACCACCCCAACCACAACCACAAUCAAGGCAUCCGUUUGCUAGUAUUGGAGGGGGAAGUGGUCCUUAUCCUACGCCCAACCAAAGAAAGAACGUUAAUAAUAUUGAUCCAUCCAGACGAUUCUAAGUCGCUUGGUUCAGUUGUUAGGUUAUGAUUUUGUUACGAUGUUCUUGUGUGUAUUAUGAAUUCUUCCAUUUAUAUAUUUACUUACUUUAUUCUCUAUAUGUAUUUCAAUAACUAUUUUAGACCCUU